AUGAAGUCAUCAAAAAUUCAUAAUUGUGAAGUUUGUGAUAAAAUCUAUGAAGAACCUCAGUCAUUAUCAUGUGGCGAUACUAUUUGUAAGAAAUGUGUAGAAAAAGAAAAAAGUCAACAACAAAAUAAAACAAAAUUCAAUUGUCCAUUAUGUAAAGAGGAAGUUUCAUGUCAUUUUUUAAAUAAGAGAAUGAAUUCUGAAGUGAUUGAAUUCAAAAAAAGUCAAUGCAAAAUUCAUCCAAAUGAAAAGAUUAUAUCCUAUUGUGAUAAUUGUAAUUGUAACAUUUGUAAAGAAUGUUCAACAAGUUCCAACCACCGUGGUCAUAUAUUUAGUACAAUGAACGAGUCAAAAUUUGAAUUGAUUUUCAAUGAAUUUUCAAAUAACCAAUACCAAAAGCUAUUGGAAUAUAAACAACAAGUUGCCAAUAGUAGUGAAUUGUUGAAAGACAAUUUUAAGAGAACCAAUGAUCAUAGUUCCACUCAAUUGGCAUUAUUAGAGUCAACUUUCUCACAAUUACAUUCAACUUUAAAAACAUUGGAGACUCAACUUGACUUUCAAAUUAAGAAAACCAAUGAACUUAAUCAAAUUUCAAAUACAAAAUUUACAACUUUAAUAACUGAUGUUGAAUCCAAUAUAAAUAAUAUCAUCAAUAAAAAUGAUCAAUACUUUUCAAAGGAAAACUCUGAACAAUAUAAAUCAACAACACCUGGUACUUCAGAUAAAAUUAAACAGUUGUUUGAAACCAAUCAAAUAGCUAUCAUUAAUGAUUUAACCGAUACAAAUAACCUUUUAAAUAAUAAAUCAAAUAUAAAUUCAAAUGAUUUUAUUAAAUCUUCUUUAAUUAUAAAUAAUGAUAAUUUAUUAAAAUUUAAUGAAUUUUUAAAUUCAAUUUUUAAAAUUGAAAAUAUUCAACAACAAUCUCAACAGGUUCAACAAACUCAACAACCUCAACAAACCCAACAUGCUCAACAAGCCCAACAAGCUCAACAAGCUCAACAAGCUCAACAAACCCAACAUGCUCAACAAACUCAACAACAACAGAAUAUAAUAUCACAUGAUAAUAGUAGAACAAUUUCAAAGAGUUCAUCAAUGGAUUUAAAUAAUAAUAACAAUAAUAAUAACAAUGAUGAUACAAAUAGUAAUAGUAGUAAUUCAUCAGCAGUAAGUACACCAUCAAAUCUACCAUUAAGUAAAAGUCAAUCAGUUAAUAAUAUUGUAAAAUUGGGAAAUUCUAGAAGUGAAUAUACACCAUCAAUUACAAAGAGUACUUCAAAUAGUUCAAUAAAGAGUUCUAAUAGUGAUGAAAUUUCUUCAACUCUUCAACAAUUCCCAUCAACAAUUAUAUCAUCAAUUCCAUCGCCAAAUAGAAUUAGUAAAAUGUAUUCUUCAACUAAUAAUCUUUCUGGUACAGUUGCUGCUAAAGAUAAUACAGCCGAUAUUUUUCGUUGGAAUAUUGUUGAUCCAAUUCCACCAAAUACAACUUCGAUUUGUGUCAUUUCCACUAAAACCCAGAUUCCAGCUGGUUCAAUUCCAAAAAAAGUUACCUCUAUUGUUUUCUCUGGUUAUAAUCAACCACUAGAGGAAGGUUCAAUUCCUGAUACUGUAUUAAAUCUUCAUUUAGGUCAAGACUAUCACCAAGAAUUAAAAGAAAAUGUAUUACCAUCCUCAAUUACAUCUUUACAUUUAGGUGGAAAAUUCAAUAAACCUUUAAAACCCGGUAUGAUUCCAUUUGGUGUUUUAGAUUUACAUAUUGGUGACUCUUUUAAUCAAUCACUUUCCUCCAAUAGUCUUCCAUCUAGUAUUUUAUCUUUACAUUUGGGUGGUCAUUUCAAUCAAAAAUUGAAACAAGGUGAUAUUCCAUCAAGUGUUUCAAAAUUAAUUCUUUCAAAUGAUUUCAAUCAACAAAUCUCUCAAGAUGUAAUACCAGCAAGUUGUAAAACCCUUAUCUUUGGUUACGCCUUUAACCAAGUGAUUCUACCUGGUGUAUUACCUCCAAAUAUCGAUGUCCUAGAGUUAUCCUAUUCUUUCAAUCAAGUUUUAGUCAAAGGUAGUAUACCCGAUGUUAGAAAGUUAACAUUUGGUUACUUUUUCAACAAACCUAUAAAAUCAGAUGGUAUCAUUCCAAAAUCUGUGACUCAUUUAACUUAUGGUUCACUUUUUAAUCAAACUUUAACUAAAUAUGUUGUUCCAAAAUCAACUACAUUAUUGACCUUACCAGAUACAUAUGCUUCAGGAAGAACUUCAGAAAUUUCAAAUUUAUCUUCAACUUGUUUAGUUUCUUAUAAACCAAGAGAUUAUUAA